AUGGCCGAUGGGGAGGAGACGACCAGCGAAAAUGUGGGAUCUAAGGUAUCUACGCUGGCCGCAGACGCUCAGAAAAUAACCAUCGAUGAAGAUAAACCUUCGACAAGUGUCAGGGGAGAGGAAUUCCAUGAAAAUGUAAAGAGUGUGAAGAUGGCAGACAGUGUGACGAUCAUGGAUGGAGCCACACGGUCAGUAAAAAAUAUAUUACCCGUUUUUUCAUGAAUAAUGUAAUUAUUAUAUAAUUUAAGACAAAUCGAUGCCUUGGAACUUCUGACCAGAGAAGCCGAGGAGCUCAGACGGAAACUUGAGGCCGAACGUCAAAAAUUAAAUGACAUUCCGAGUAAGUAGUUCAGGAGAAUUAUACAACUUUAACUUUAGUACAACAAGCAGCUGAUCGAUUGGAAGCGUUGGGGGCAUUAAAUAUCAAACAACGAAGGGUUCUGAAGGGUCAUGCCAGCAAGGUUUUAUGUAUGGACUGGUCCCAAGACAAGCGACACAUUGUUAGUUCAUCUCAGGACGGAAAAGUAAUCGUCUGGGACGGGUUUACAACCAACAAAGAACAUGCCCUGACCAUGCCCACCACUUGGGUCAUGGCUUGUGCUUAUGCCCCUAGUGGUCAACUGAUCGCCUGUGGUGGUCUUGAUAACAAAUGUUCUGUUGUUCCCCUCAGCUUUGAAGAAGAUAUUCUCCAGAAGAAGCGAUCCGUGGCUACUCAUACCAGUUACAUGUCAUGUUGUACAUUCUUAAGGUCGGAUAAUUUGGUAUGUAUCUCAGGCUUUUCUGUAACUGUCAUUUAGCUCCUAACCGGAAGUGGAGAUUCAACUUGUGCCAUCUGGGAUGUAGAGAGUGGGCAAAUGAUCCAGAACUUCCACGGGCAUUGUGGUGAUGUGUUUGCUGUAGAUAUACCUAAAUCGGAUACGGGUAACAUCUUUAUCUCAGGCGGUGCUGACAGACAUGCCCUUGUAUGGGACAUUAGAACAGGCCAGUGCGUUCAGAGCUUCGACGGUCAUGAAGCAGAUAUCAAUACGAUCAGAUUCCAUCCAAAUGGAGAUGCAUUCGCUACUGGAUCUGACGAUGCUUCGGUAGGUUCAGAACAUUGGCUUACUAACCCCUCCAUUAUGAAGAAAAUAACAAUGAAAUCCCGUUAUAGUGCCGUCUCUUUGACCUUCGUGCUGAUCGUCAGAUCUGUGUUUAUGAAAAAGAAUCUAUCCUCUUCCCCGUGAAUGGUGUCGAUUUCAGUGCAAGUGGUAAGUAAUAUCUCUAUCAUACAAAUCUUUUAUCAGGACGAAUACUAUUCGCUGGAUACGGCGACUACCGAGUAGGAGUGUGGGAUUCCUUAAAAUGUAAUAGACAAAGCAUUCUCUAUGGCCACGAAAAUCGGAUAUCUUGCCUUAGAACUAGUCCAGACGGAACAGCGAUUUGUACUGCAUCAUGGGAUUGCACUAUUAGAGUAAGUGUGCUAUAUUGAAAAACAUAUUAUUCAAUCAGAUUUGGGCAUGA